GUUCCGGUCAUGGAAUAGACUAAAUAAGUCAAAAAAUAGAUUCUUGUGCAAGAAUGAAAUCUUAUCGGAACCCUCCAUAUCGAUUCAUCCUUUGGAAUCAUAUCACAUCCCGGAUGUGAUGAUAUAGGAUGAGUUGAGACGGUCUUUUGUAAAUACGUAAUUAUCUCGAAUAUGUUAAUCAUUUCUUUAUUUUCAUAUCGGCUGGAAGGGCAAAAGAAACAUUUUAUUUUUUCUUCCAAAAUCUCUAAUCUCUAGUGGACCUCUAAAGUAGAUUGUAUUGUGGUUUAGUUAAAUGAUUGUUUGGUUCAUGUGAAUGUUUAUUUUGAGAAUAAAUGAACAGGGAUUUUUGUUUACUAUCUAUGGUAGUAGUGAUGUUAUAGUUGUGGUUUUAUGACAAAACGAUUUUCUACCCCUCAUGGUAUUCAGAUUUUCAAAAGAAUGAGUUUUCGUGUGGAAAACAGUUUUCAAAUGAUUUUCUAGAUUUAUCUCUAUAUUAGGUUUUUAAAAUAAAGUUUCCGAGUAGGAAGCACUUUUAAAUGAUAGAGUUGUUUGGUAUAUUGUGCAUUUGCAUUAUCCUUCACCUAAGGAGUAAUUAGAGCAUGCAUCAUAUUAAGGAUGGUUAGCUGAUUGAACAUAUGAGCAUUUAUAUUGUGUUUGCUUGAUUUUUUGAGUGAUGUUGUGUGUUGUGGAUAUUUUAAUAGGUGAUAUGCCGUGCAAAUGCAGGGGAGCCUCUGUCCGAGUGGACAGAGGAAUUCUUGUGUUUGUGGUGGGUCUGUUCCGUCCCAGGGGCAAGAUUAUGUUUCAAAAAAAAAGGGGCACUUUUCACUGACUCUGUUUUCAAACUGGCCCUUUUUUAAAAAAAGGCUUAUAAAACGGGUCUCGGGGUGUGACAACCUCUCAAUACGAUCUGAACUCAGUAGUACUUUUAGAAGAAGCACUAUAUUAAGAAUCCCCCUAAUAGAUCUUUGGUGGUUGAAUUAGAAGCACCAAUUUGGAGCUCUAGCUUUUGCAAAAUAUCAUUUCAUUUUUUUCACUGCAGAAGAAAACCCAGAUAUUUGUUGCUGCUGAACGCAUGAAUAGAAGACAGACCAAACAGUUCGUAUGUUGCUUGAGGCCGACAUGCUAUGCAGAUGAUACCACAUGCAGUCUAACCUAUUUGAAUAUGAUUUAGUACUAUUCUUCUUACUAUAAUUUCUUUGUUCCUUGUUCCUUGUGCAUAAAUGUAUACAAUAAAUUACACAUUUAUUUGAAUAAAUUUUGUCAUGUUCAUACUUUGUGCCUAUCCGACUGAUCUAAACUACAUAACGAGCACUUUCAAGUUAAAUGAGUGUAAGAAACUUUACUUUGUUUGGAUAUUUCCGAAUGUUCCGAGACUUGCUGGUGCUUGAAACAAAACACUAAUGCAAUUUUUUAGUUCUCAUUUGCUCUUUCAUACUUCAUAUUUGUUUUAGAGAUUAGUUGGUUUUUCGAGAGAGUGAAGUAAUAGUUGAUCUAACAUCUCUUUUCUGUUUUUCCUCAUUGCAUGCUACGUUUGCCGUGAAGAAUCAGACAGGGAAAUUAACCUUUUUGAAUACUUGCUGCACGGAUGGAUGGAUUUGAAAGCUGUAGAACUACGGUCGCAGACAUAGAUGAAUUGGCGGUUUCCAUGACAAGGGAACUAACCUAUUACUGGUCGCUAGGCGAGGCCCGCGAACGGGGAACAAAACUAUGCCUCAUCUACAAAAUCCCACAACACAUCCGCGAGGUCGACAGGAAUGCUUACGAGCCGAUGGUUCAGUCCUUCGGUCCGUAUCAUUACGGAACUCCAACUUUACAAGCCAUGGAGAAGGAAAAGUGGAACUGCUUGGAUUACAUCCUGAAUUUGAAUCGUGAAAAGAGAUUGCGUGAUUACCUGAAGGUGAUGCAGAGGCUGGAGAAUCAAGUGAGAAGCUGUUAUACGGAAGAAAUUAAAAUGGACAAGAAGAAGUUUCGGCAGAUGCUGUUGCUUGAUGGAUGCUUUAUACUAGUGUCUUUAUAUGGGACAGCUGGAAUUGUAAUGCCCGAAACUGAAGCAUAUGGACAAGCUAAUAAUCAGGAAUUUGUUGGGGGAAAUGGAGUAGGACAAAAGGUUCCGUGGCCGAGGCACGAAGGAGAGGCUGCGAACCAAAAUAGUAUAGCAGAGCAUGAUGCGGAUUAUGCGGACCAGAUUGGUCGGUGGUAUACCAAUUUUGUUGCUCACGAUCUACUCUUGCUCGAGAACCAGAUACCCUUUUUCGUUGUCGAGAGAAUAUAUGAGCUAGUCGCAGGUAAAGACACAGAGAAUCAACGACUCACGGACAAAAUUGCAGAGUAUGUGGAAGAAAUUCUGCAUUACUAUCCGAAAGCAAUUCAAGAAUUUGAGAGGCCAAAAGAUUUUCACCAUUUGCUCCACUUGGGUCAUAUGUACUUCAGACCAAGUCAGAGAAUGGAGGAAGACAGUCAUCGUCAUGCAAGGCCCCGAUUUUUUCAACGUCUUCUUCACUUUGGCCGCAGUUAUUCGAAGCUAAGCCAUCAGCUGGAGGAAAACGAUCAAGUCUUUUCUCUUAACCACCAGACGUAUUGCUUACAAGCAGCCCAGCAGCGCUGGCGCAGAGCAGCACAAUACGUUGAAGCAGGAGUCGAAUUUAAGAAGAGAGAGUUCAAUAAGCAAAGCCCCCAUUCUCUUUUGGACAUAAGAUUUACCAAGAAAGUGCUGGAAAUCCCGUGUUUGCCGAUUGAUGAGAACACGAGCUCUCUUUUCAGGAACUUUGUGGCUCUCGAGCAAACGUGUCCUCAGUUCGGAAACGAUGUUACUGCCUAUAUUGUUUUCAUGUCCCAGCUUACCAACAUGCCUGACGACGUCAUGCUACUAGCUCAAAGAGGAAUCAUUGUGCAUGAACUGCGUAGUGAUGAAGAGGUGUCGACUCUAUUCACCAAGCUGAGUAAGGAUGUCGUCUUUGACUUCAACGGUAAGCACUACCUAAAAUCCGUGUGGCAGAUGAUGGAAGCGCACUACCAGAGUCGACUGAACAGGUGGAUCGCAUGGUUGAGGCAUAACCACUUUAGCAAUCCGUGGUUGGCCCUGGGAGCAUUUGCUGCAGUUAUCGUGCUUUCCUGCACUGCACUUCAGACACUGAUUUCUGUCUUCUCCUAUGUUUAUCCGCCAACGGAUGAAUGACUACAAGUAACCUAACUGACAAUUAGAAAUUUACAUUUGCCAAUUUCAUUAGCGGUUUACCAUACAUUUUUUUUUAUCUUGUCUGUGUAUUCUUUGUUUUUUUUCCUGAAGUUUACUUCUCUAGUUAUGCAACUUAACAACUUUUGUCUCCUGUUACCCGUUUUAAUCAUGAACCGAGUCCAUGGAGGCAAUGCAUCGUAUGUACCGAUUUCCCCGCUCCUCCUUCGCUUUCUCUGCCGCUCUAAAAGGAUGUUGCUAAGUUGUUGGCCGAUGCAGAAAUUGUUCGAUUCCUAGAAACCUGGAAUAGAAAUUUUAACAUUGAGACGGCUUUUUGAA